AUGUGGCCUUCUAAAGGAGAGGAGGCUUAAGGACCUUCAGGAGUCUAGCUUCCAUCAUUAGAGAAGCACAUUGUUGAUGGGCAAUUUAAAUUUUGCACAGAAGCAAAGAUGAUGGGAUCUAUAGUGUUCCUGCUCUUGUUAAUUCUGCCUGUCUCAGCACUAGAUGUUGAACCUUUUGCACAAUGUAGCCUUUUUGGAGAGCACCACAUUAAAACAUUUGAUGAAUCUUUGUAUGAUUUUGCCGGUGACUGCAGUUAUCUGCUUGCUGGAGACUGUCACACGAGAUCCUUCUCACUCUUGGGCGAUUACCAGAAUGGAAAAAGAAACAGUAUUUCCCUGUACCUCGGAGAAUAUUUUGAUAUUCAUUUGUUUUUAGAUGGCACGGUGACUCAAGGUGAUGGAAGGAUUUCAAUACCUCAUGCCUCCAAUGGAGUAUUUAUAGAAAUGGAGGCAGGUUAUUAUAAGUUAUCCAGUGAAGAACAUGGCUUUGUGGUGAAGGCUGAUAUCAGUGGAAACAUUCAUAUAAUCCUUGCGGACAAGCACUACAAUAAGACCUGUGGACUCUGUGGCAACUUGAAUAGCUUUGGUGAGGAUGAUUUCAUGACACAAGAAGGAACUCUGGAAGAGAACCCCUACAUUUUUGCUAACUCCUGGGCCAUGCACAGUGAAGAGAGGAGAUGCCAGCGGGUGAAUCCCCCAAGCUAUACCUGCAACAUUUCAUCUGAGAUGGAAGAGAAGGGCGUUAUAGAAAAUUGCCAGCUGCUGAGGACAUCCACUGUGUUUUCCCAAUGUCAUCACUUGGUUGAUCCCGAGCAAUUCAUUGGCCUCUGUGAAGAAGACAUCUGCAGAUGUGCCCAGGAUAGGAACUGCCACUGUCCCGUUUUUCUAGAGUAUGCCAGAAACUGUGCUCGGCUAGGUGUGAUUCUGGAAGGAUGGCCUGACAGCGCUUCAUGCCGGCCAGGAUGUCCAGUUGGCUUGGAGUACAAGGAGUGCACAUCCCCUUGUGCCAAAACCUGCCAGAGUUUGAAUAUCAAUGAAGUGUGCCAAGAAAAAUGUGUCGAUGGCUGCAGCUGCCCUGAGGGCAAGCUGCUUGAUGGAGACCUCUGUGUUGACAGCUCUGACUGCCCCUGCCUACAUUCAGGCAAGCGCUACUCUCCCGGCUCUUCUGUCUACCAGGACUGCAACUCAUGUAUUUGCAGGCAUGGCACCUGGAUCUGCAGCAAUGAACCUUGCCCAGGUGAAUGCUCUGUCACUGGCCAAUCACAUUUCAAGAGCUUUGACAACAAGUAUUUCACCUUCAGCGGCAUCUGUCAUUACUUGUUUGCCAGAGAUUGUGCAGAGAACACCUUUUCUGUUUUCAUAGAGACUGUCCAGUGUGCUGAUGACCCUGAUGCGGUAUGUACCCGAUCAGCCUCUGUCCAGCUUCUGGAGGAGAACAGCAUUAUUAAACUGAAACACGGUGGGGUCGUUUCUUUGAACGGGCAGGAUGUACAAAUCCCUUUCACGCAAGGUGCUCUUCGUAUCCAGCACACCGUAAUGUCUGCAGUUCGUCUGAGCUAUAAAGAGAAUAUACAGAUUGACUGGGAUGGGCACGGAACUCUUUCGAUGAAGUUACCCUCAGAAUUCACGGAACGAACUUGUGGUCUGUGUGGCAACUACAAUGGCAACCAAGGAGAUGAUUUCCUGACACCUUCUGGCCUGGUGGAAACUCUUGUGGAAGACUUUGGGAAUUCCUGGAAGCUCAAAGAAGAUUGUCAAGAUUUGCAGAAGCAAGAUAGCAACACCUGCAGUCUCAACCCGCGCUUAGCCAAGUACGCUGAAGGCUCGUGCUCAGUUCUGUUAUCCCCGUUGUUUGAACCUUGCCAUCGCAAAGUCAGUCCUUCUCCGUACCUCAAGAAUUGCCGCUAUGAUGUCUGUUCUUGUUCCGACGGAAAAGACUGUCUGUGUACCGCCGUCUCUGCUUAUGCGAUGGCCUGCGCUCGCAAAGGAGUUCUCAUCAGCUGGAGGAAGCCAGAUUUUUGCGCUUUGAGUUGUCCAGAAGGUCAGAUUUACCAGCAGUGUGGAAGUCCAUGCAAUCAGACUUGCCGAUCCUUGUCCUAUCCAGAUACAAACUGCAAUGAGUUUUGCAUGGAAGGUUGCUACUGCCCUGCUGGAUUAUUCCUUGACCAGCAGGGAGACUGUGUGCAAAAGUCCCAGUGUUCUUGUUACUACGAUGGCGAGAUCUUCCAGCCAGACGACGUCUUCUCCGAUCAUCACACCAUGUGCUAUUGUGAAAACGGCUUCAUGCAUUGUAGCUCAAACAGACUUCCAGGGGCUUUCCUGCCAGACGUUUUCUUUCAACAUCGUCCUUCUGCCAGAGCAAAACGAAGUUUGGCCUGCAGGCACCCAAUGACCAUGUUUGUAUGUCCUGCAAAUGACCCAAGAGCUAAAGGAAUUGAAUGCAUGAAGACGUGCCAAACCUAUGAAUUGGGCUGUUUCAGCCAAGGAUGUACAUCCGGCUGCCUCUGUCCCACUGGAUGGGUAAGACAUGGAAACAAAUGCAUCGUACCUGAAAAAUGCCCCUGUUUUCAUAACGGGCGAGAGUAUGCUCCAGGGGAAACAGUCAUGAAAGAUUGCAAUACCUGUGUCUGUCGGGCUCGGAAGUGGGAAUGCACAGAAAAUGUCUGUGACGGCACUUGUUCAGUCAUUGGCACAUCUCAUUACUUGACCUUUGAUGGACUGAAAUACAGGUUUCCAGGGAACUGUCAGUAUGUGCUAGUUCAGGAUUACUGCGAUGGUAGUGAUGAUUCUGGAACCUUCCGAGUACUCAUUGCCAAUGAGGGAUGUAGCUUCACAGGAGAGACAUGCACUAAAAGGAUUAGCAUUCUCUUUGACAGUGGAGUGAUUGAGCUGUACAACGGAGAUGUAAACAUCUUGACACCUCCUAGAGAAGAAGUCAACUUUGAAGUCUUGAAGUCUGGGCGUUACUACAUCUUGUUGCUGGGUGGAGGAGGAAUUGCUCUCACUUGGGAUCGAGACAUGGGCCUUACGGUUAUUCUGAAAGAGAACUAUAAAGAUAAAGUAUGUGGUCUGUGUGGCAAUUUUGAUGGUAUCCAAAACAAUGACUUGACCAGCAGCAAAAACCAGCUUGAAGUGGAUCCAAGUGACUUUGGGAAUUCCUGGAAAGUUAAUUCACAGUGUGCUGAUGUCACAAAGCUUUCUCAGGGACAGAGCUUGGCAUCUUCAUUGUGCAAUGGCAAUGUGGUGAAGCAAGUGAUGGUGGAAACGUCUUGCAACGUCCUGAACAGCAACACCUUCAAAGAGUGUAAAAAAUUGGUGGACCCUGAGCCAUAUGUGGAUAUCUGCCUGUAUGACACCUGUGCUUGUGAAUCCAUUGGGGAUUGUGCUUGCUUCUGUGACGUCCUAGCUGCCUAUGCCCAUGCCUGUGCACAGAAAGGAGUUGUGGUUCACUGGAGGUCUCCUACUUUAUGCCCACAAAGUUGUGAAGACAUGAACAAGGAAGGAGGAGGAGGAGGAGGAUACCUGUGUGAAUGGCGAUACAACAGCUGUGGCCCUGCCUGCCCAAAGACAUGCCAGCACUUGGAUCCAGUGGUCUGCCCUGUGAAGUGUGUCGAAGGAUGUCAUGUUCAUUGUCCAACAGGGAAAAUACUUGAUGAGCUGUCAGAGUCUUGUGUUGAUCUUGAAGAAUGCCCGGUGUGUGAAUUAGACAAUCUCCGGAUUCCCCACGGGAAGAGGAUCGUGUUGAACACUGAAGAUGCGGAGCUCUGCCGAUCCUGCCAUUGUGAAGGACGAAACUUGACAUGUCAUAGAUGUGAUCCAAAGGAGACAGAUGAAAUCCUAAUGACCACAACUAUUGCUCCAGAAGAUCAGAUAACCUAUGAAUACUCUUGCAGUAAAAUGAUGGACCUUGCUUUCUUGGUCGAUGGCUCCAAUAAGCUUUCUGAGAGUGAUUUUGAACAGCUGAAAGCUUUCAUAAUUGGCAUGAUGGAAAAACUCCACAUCUCCCAGAAAAGAAUCCGCCUGGCGAUCCUAGAAUACCGAACUGGCUCACACAUUUACCUUGGCCUCAAAGAUAUCAAAAAGCCAUCUCAAAUGAGGAGGAUUGUCCAGAAUAUAAAAUACACUGGUGGAGAUGUUGCCUCUGCGACUGAAGUACUUAAGUAUGUUGUAUUCCAUGUGUUUGGGAAGGCUCCACGAACAAACGCUGCCAGAAUCGCUGUUUUACUUACAGCUAGCAAGGAUCCGAAGAAAAUUCAAACGAUCUUCCCACUUUUGAAAAAGAAGAAAAUCACCGUAAUACCAGUCGGACUUGGACCUCAUAUCAGCAUUGACCAAAUUCAGUUAAUUGAAAGGCAGUCACCUGAGAAUAAAGCCUUCAUAAUGAACAGUGUGCUUGAACUAAGGGAACGUAGGGAUGAAAUAAUUGAUUACUUCUGUGGCCUUGUGCCUGAAGUAAGUGCCAUGUUGUUUACCACACAGCCCCCUAUUGCAACCAUUCCCAGUGUCACCGCAGUCCCUAGACUCGGCUGGGAGUUAACCAGAGCAGCCCCAACAACAUUUUUAGUUUCUGUUCAUAAGGCCAUGGACAUUGUUUUUUUACUUGAGGGGUCUGACAAAGUUGGCGAGGAGAAUUUCAAUUUGGUCAAAGAGUUCAUCGCCCGCACAAUCAGAGAAAUGGAUAUCGGAGAAGAAACCAUUCAUAUCACGAUCAUUCAGUACUCGUUCACAAUCACGGUGGAAUAUUCCUUCAGGGACAGACAGUCAAAAACCGACCUGAUUAAGAAGGUGAGGGAGAUCAAGUUCCGUGGAGGAAAUGCCACCAACACCGGAAAGGCUCUCAACUUUGUCUCUGAACAAACUAUAGCCACAAGCAGAAGGGGAAGAAGGCAAGCUCCACACUUGGUGUACAUGGUGACUGCGAAUCCUGCCACAGAUACUAUCACUCGCCUACCCACUGAUGUCAACCUCAUUCCCAUUGGCAUAAGCCCUAACGCCAACAUCCAGGAACUCAGAGAGUUAAGCCAGCCUCAGACUCCCAUCAUCUUAGAGGAUUAUGACAGACUCAUCCAAGAAGGACCGGACUUGAUAUUAAAAACAUGCUGCUCAAGGGAAGAAACCUGCAGCAAACCAAUGGAUGUCAUAUUUCUUCUGGAUGGGAGCUCGAAGGUUAGCAAAUCAGAAUUUGAGGAAAUGAAACAAUUUGUGAAAGCGUUUAUUGAGCACAGCAAUGUUGGUCAAACUACAACUCAGGUGGCAGUUCUUCAAUAUGGAAAAGCAAAUAGUUUGGAAAUUUCAUGGAAUGUACCCCAAGAAAAAGCGAGCCUAUUGUCUCUGGUGAGCUCAAUUCACCAAAGAGAGCAAGGCCCCAGCAAACUAGGAGAAGUGAUUGACUUCACAGUUCAGCAUGCUGUUUCUGAAGCCAACGGAGGAAGACCCAACGCUUCGAAGAUAGCUGUGAUCAUUGUAUCUGCCCCAUCACAAGAUUCCGUGGAGGCUGCUGUAUAUUCUGCAAGAGUCAAUAGGGUAUCAUUGCUUCCCAUUGGAGUUGGAGACAGAUAUGAGAAGGCACAACUGCGGACUUUAGCUGGGCCAUCUGUCCCUGACAGGAUAAUCGAGCUGCAACGGUUUGAUGACCUUCCAACUCUGCUGGCACCGGGUGAUACAUUUUCCAGGAAACUUUGCACAGAGCCUCUCUUAGAGUGCAUAGAUGAGGAUGGGAAUGUGAGGGCACCUGGUGACAAAUGGACAUUGCUGGAUCAAUGUCACACUGUGACAUGCUUCCCGGGUGGCCGCACAGCUCUGGAGAGCCAUGGAAUUAAUUGUGAGAAGAUGCCCAGACCAACAUGUCGCAACAGUCUCCCUGCUAUUAAAGUAGAGGAAACAUGCGGCUGCCGUUGGGUGUGUCCAUGCACCUGCAUGGGAAGCUCAACCAGGCAUAUUGUCACCUUCGAUGGACUGGAUUUCAAACUGACAGGCAAUUGUUCCUACACAUUGUUUGAAGACAAAGAACAUGAUAUUGAAGUUGUUCUUCGCAACAGGCCUUGCAGUUUAACCCCAAGAUUCAAUUGCAUGAAUGCCAUGGCGAUCACAUACAAGGGCUCGUCUGUGCUGCUCUUCAGCAACAUGACGGUUGCUGUGAAUGGCAAAACAACUAAUGUUCCUUAUGCCGACGGUCAUGUUGCAGUCAAUGUCUAUGGAGCAAUAAUGCACGAAAUCCGGUUCUCUCUUCUGGGUCACAUCCUCUCCUUCACUCCAAGCAACAAUGAAUUUACUUUACAACUUAGCCCAAAGAGCUUCGCUUCAGAAACGCAUGGCCUUUGUGGGAUCUGUGACCAAAACAGUGGCAAUGACUUGGUGCUAAGAAAUGGCUCCUUUACAUCCGACAGCAGCCUCUUCAUUGAAGAAUGGACAGUGAAGCAGCCAGGGGAGAUCUGUGAGGUGAACAGAGCUGGCCAAUGCGUUGGCCAUGCCACGACAAAGUGCAGCAUCUUGCUGUCUCCUCAGUUUUACGAAUGUCACCAAAUCAUUCCUCCAAACUUGUACUAUGCAGCUUGUGAAGAAAACAACUGCUAUGGUGAUGAAAUAUGUGAGAUCAUCUCUUCCUACGCACAUCUCUGCAGGAUGCAAAGGAUCUGUGUGGAUUGGAGAUCUCCAGAGUUUUGUGCUAUUGAAUGUCCAGUCUCGAUGAGGUAUGGCUACUGUCAAGGAGGCUGCAUAAAGCACUGUGGGAAUGGUACCAACACAGAAAUCUGCACGGAUUAUCCCACAGAAGGCUGUUUCUGCCCACAGGGACAAGUGACCAUGGAUGGCAGGUGUGUUCACGAAGAAGAAUGCACCCAGUGCAUCAGUGAGGAUGGGACACGCCACCAGCACUUGGAAACGUGGAUUCCUUCCAAUGAACCCUGCAAGAUCUGCAUGUGUCUAGAAAAUAGGACCAUCAGCUGUGCCAUUCAGCCUUGUCCAACCCCCCAGCCUCCUGCUUGUGGUUCCUGUGAAAUUCCAAGAUUACGAAGGGAUUCUGAGCAGUGUUGCCCGUUCUACGAAUGCGUCUGCGACCUGGUCAGUUGCAAAAUGCCUGCUGUACCUCAUUGUGAAGAUGGUCUCCAGCUUUUGCAGACGAAUCCUGGAAAAUGCAGGCCAGAUUAUGCAUGUGUGUGCAAAAAAGAGGAUUGCAACCCACAGCCAAUUGCUCCCUGCCCACCUCACAGGAAGCUGACUAUUAAGAAGACUCAGUGUUGUGAUGAAUUUCAGUGUACUUGUGACUGUGUCAAUUCAACAGUGGCCUGCCCUGCUGGAUACUUAUCAACAACUCUCACUAACGACUGUGGCUGCACAUCUACCACCUGCAACCCCGACAAGGUUUGCGUCCAUCAAAAUGUUGUCUAUCCUAUUGGGAAGAUUUGGGAGGAAGGCUGCACAGAAUGUUCUUGCACAGAUAUGGAAGAUGCUGUUACCGGGCUUCGGAUUACAGAAUGCCUUGAGAAGGAGUGCAAUAAGAUUUGUCCACCGGGAUAUAAGUAUGUGAACAAGGAAGGAGCGUGUUGUGGGAAAUGUCUGAAGACGAUGUGCGACGAGGUGUCACACUGGUCUCCGGGAGAUGAAGAUGUCCAUUGGCAUGAGGUUGGCUCCGAGUGGCCUUCCCCGUCCGAUCCAUGCAUCAUCAGAGAAUGCGUCCGGGUGAAUGAGGAGGUGUUUAUUCAGACAAAGAACGUCUCGUGCGCUCAGGCACAGCAACCCAGUUGCCCAUUUGGAACCGAACUGCACUGUGGCCGAACAACUGGCUGCUGUCCUACAUGCCACUGUGAACCUGUAAGCGGCUGUGUUUUGAAUGGCACCGUUCUUGCGCCUGGGAAACGCAUGCUGUUGGAUCAGUGCACCAGCUGUCAGUGCAGCCUACAGAGGGGACUGUUUUUGAAGUAUAAGUUGACAUGUGGAAAAAUCACCUGUGAACCUUGCCCCAAGAAUUACAGGAUGGAAAAAGUCUCUGGCUCCUGCUGCGGCAAAUGCUUGCCAUCUGCAUGUUCCAUACAGCUAAGGAACAGAACCAUUAUUUCCCUGAAGCCCACUGAAAUGAUCCAAGAUGGGUGCGACACCCAUUAUUGCAAAGUCAACAUGAAAGGAGAUUUCACCUGGGAGAAGAGAAUCACUGCUUGCCCGCCAUUUGAUCCCAACAAGUGUCUGUCUGAAGGAGGCAAAGUCGCAAACCUUGACAACACAUGCUGCAAAACAUGUGUAGAGCCAGAAUGCAAGCAAAUCACAGGCAGACUGGAAUAUGUGAAAGUGGGCGACUGUGUGAAUGAAAGCCAGCUGAACAUCCACUACUGUGAGGGCAAAUGCACAAGCAGAGCCAUUUAUAACAUUACACUGAACAGCAUUGAAGAUCGGUGCACCUGUUGUUCGGCUACAGCGACAGAGUCCAUGCGAGUGCCCCUCCGCUGUGCCAAUGGCUCCAUCGUACAGCAUGAAGUCUUUAGCGCCAGACAGUGUGAAUGUCUCUCUCGGAAAUGCAAGCCAUAAAUAUCUCUGGGAGCUAAUGUGAAUUUUUUUGUGUGCCCAGCUGCCAAGAAAUUUACAAUCCAAUUCUAAUUUUCUUUGUGUAUUUUGUAUUUUGAUACUGUUCUUCUAGCCAUGGCAUUCAUUGUAACAUACCAAGCAAUAAACUCUGAACUCAUUUAGCCACA